UGUGAGUGCUGUGAAAUGCAUUGUAAAGCAAAAUAAAAAUAAAUUAUAUUAAACAAAGAAAUUAAAUUCGGCUACCUAUUUCUUUUGCUAAAACAUGUAUUUAUAUAUAUAUACAUAUUCAAAGUAAUUGUAAAUAUAUUCCUUGGUUGUAAGUAACUAAAUAGUAUUAAUAAGAACAAAAUAGCUAAAAAGAUUAUGUAUAAAAAUGUAAAAUUGUUAUAAUUCUUUAAUUGUAAUUUAAAAUGCCAAAAAUACCCUAUAAGACCGAGAAGAACGAAGAAGAGAACGAGGACUAUGAGAUUGUAUCAUUUGAAGAUUUUUGUGAUAAAUCACCAACCGUAAACGUUGAUUUGCUGACUCUUAACGAUAAUAUUAACUAUCGGUUACACUACGAAAGUGGAAAGGAUUUUAAGUCUGGUUCGAAUGAGCCAGCCGGCACCAGUGCCAGCAUAGAGACAGCUUUAGAUGCACCACAGAGUAAUUCCCAUCAAAGAAAAAGACCAUCCUUUACACCAUUUGGAAAAAUUGGAAAAUCUAGGCGAGGCUCGUUGUUUAGUGGUGUGAUACCUAAGCCAAAAAAUGAGAGUGAUAGUGGUCACAGAGAACAUAGAUAUGAAAGAUUCUCUCAAAAGCAAGGUCGCUGUAAUAAUAUUUUAGAGCAACUUGGAAGUCUAUUACCCGGAAUGCUUGUUGGUGGUUUGCUGUGUGCCUUAGGCAUUGCAACAUGGUGGGCUGUUGCUGGUGCAUUAGCUGGUGGAUGGGGUGAUGAUCACUACAGAAGGCUGUGGGAGAGAGUCCAUCCUGAAGAAGUAAAGAAGCCUUUAACUCCACUGACAUUAGAGAAGCCUGUAAUAACUGAAUACCGUUACCAUGAUCAUAAUAACCUGAGCACUAAGAACCGCGGCAAUCUAACUACUAACAAGAAGGACGUAAAGAAAGCAUUCAUGGAACGAAGUCCCGAAGUCAUGAAAGAGUUAUGUGCAAGAAUUGUCAACGACAAUAUGAGAUUUGACUGUUAUCCACAGGAUGGGGCCAGUGAAGAGGCUUGUGUAAAACGAGGUUGUUGUUGGAAGCCGGCAACAACACAGAAUGCUCCAUACUGCUUCUACCCGCCGCAAUACGAAUCAUAUCAGUUCACUAACAGUACGGAGAAUAAACACGGAAUGUCUGUUUAUUACACAAGGAGUUUCGAUACUGGCUACCCCGGACAGUUUGCUAUUGCCAGGAUUGACUUCAACUAUCUGUCUGAUGAUAUAUUGCAAGUUAAGAUAACAGACGCUGAAAACAAGAGAUUUGAAUCCCCGUAUCCCGAGGUGCCGAUGGUGUUUCGGCCGUUACUGAACAUGAAGUAUCGUGUGCAAGUGGACAGUUCCGUUGUCGGCUUCAAGGUUAUACGGAAUUCUGACAACGUUACCAUCUGGGACGCGCAGAACGUAGGCGGGCUGGUUCUGUCAGAUAAGUUCCUCCAGCUGUCCACGGUGCUGCCCACCAACUACACGUACGGGUUCGGCGAGAAGCAGAGCCGCUUCCUCAACGACAUGCGCUGGCAGACCCACACGCUGUUCAACAGUGAUACGCCCCCCACCGAGAACGUGAACUUGUAUGGGACACAUCCAUUCUACUUGGCGUUAGAAUCAAAUGGAAACAGUCACGGAGUUUUCCUACUCAACUCCAAUGCAAUAGACAUAGUGCUGCAACCAACGCCGGCAAUAACAUACAGAACCAUCGGUGGUAUCCUCAACUUCUACAUGAUGCUGGGGCCGACCCCGCAGCAGGUGAUCACCCAGUAUACCGAGGUGAUCGGCAAGCCCUUCAUGCCACCUUAUUGGUCCCUAGGAUUCCAUCUCUGCAAAUACAACUAUGGUUCUCUGAACGUGACUCGUGACGUGUGGCAGAAGAAUAGAGACGCUGAAAUACCUUUUGACGUGCAAUGGAAUGACUUGGACUACAUGAGUAAAGCCAACGACUUUACGUACGAUCACGAUAAGUACGCCGAACUACCGCAGUUCGUCCGACAACUGCACGGCGCUGGCAUGCACUACGUCUUACUUUUUGACCCGGGCGUGAGUGCGUCCGAGAAUCCUGGCGAGUACCCGCCCUUCGACCGCGGCCUCGAAAUGAACGUGUUCAUCAAAAACUCUACGGAUCAACCGUUCGUCGGGAAGGUAUGGAACCGGAAAACAACUGUGUGGCCUGACUUUACACAUCCUAACUCCACCGCCUAUUGGAAGGAAAUGUUUGCAGACUUUCACAAAUUAAUACCGUUCGAUGGUGCUUGGAUCGAUAUGAACGAGCCCUCUAACUUCCUGUCGGGGCCCAUGUUCGGCCAGUGCCUGCCCGAGCAGCUGUCGUACUCCCCGCGCCAGCUGGCUCCGGAGGGUCUCCGCCACAAGACGCUGUGUAUGGACGCGGCGCAGUACGCGGGCUCGCACUACGACCUGCACAACGUGUACGGCCUGAGCGAGACAGUUGCCACUCAUACAGCUAUGACGGAGGUCGUAGGCAAGCGGCCGUUGAUAAUAUCUCGGUCGUCGUUCCCGGGCAGCGGCCACUACGCGGGCCACUGGAGCGGCGACGUGUUCAGCCGAUGGCACGACCUGCGCGCGUCAGUACCGCAGUUGCUGAGCAUGAGUCUGUUCGGCAUUCCGAUGAUGGGUGCAGACAUAUGCGGGUUCAGGGGGGACACGACACCCGAGCUGUGUCUCCGAUGGAUGCAGCUGGGGGCCUUCUACCCCUUUUCCAGAAACCACAACAGUGACACAUCUAAGCCCCAAGAUCCAGUCAGCAUGGGUGAGGCAGUAGUGUCCGCCAGUCGCAGCGCCCUGAGGCUACGCUACGCUCUUCUGCCGGUGUACUACACGCUGUUCUGGCGCGCUAAUGUACUGGGACAAACUGUUGCCAGACCACUCUUUUUCAGCUUCCCGAGAAACCAGAAAGUAUACGACAUUGACGAGCAGUUCAUGAUAGGUGACCACUUGAUGGUGACGGGUAUCAUGCAAGAGGGAGCCAACACCACCAGCGCGUAUUUCCCCGGACCCAACCCGUGGUACAACGUCCGCGAUGGCAGGCUCCUGGCGACGGACACCUGGAAGGUUGUUGGGGAGAAUGAAACGGUUGCUGUCAAGGGUGGAGCAAUACUGCCUAUGCAAGAGGCGAGUGAGAAGGGCCCCGUCAACACAGCCAACACUCGCAGCCGCCCGCUUCAGCUGCUUGUGGUACCUGACCGGGCUGGGGUAGCCAGCGGCGAACUGUACUGGGACGACGGCGAAAGUUUGAACAGCUACGAAGAGAAAAAAUACAGUUACAUUGUCUUCAAGCUGAAGGAUAACGAGCUGUUCAGCAAGAUACACUGGUGGGGGUGGGGGGUCCCGGUCGUCAACACGAUACGGGUGUACGGGCAGAACUAUCCUGUCAACACCAUCACCAUCAACAACGACAGCACGCACUUCACACAGGACGCGCAUAACAAAGUGUUGACAAUACCUGACAUUAGCCUGUCGUUGGACAAGGAGUUUUAUGUCAAGUGGACGUACAAAAAAAUGGUGCCAAAGAUUUAAAUUUUUUGGACGACGAAUUACCAAUUAAUUAUAUAUUUUGCAUAUUCAUAUUUUUACAUCAUUUGUUCAAAGUCUGAAUCUACCAAUUUCUCAAAGAUUAUAUCUUUGAAAAUGAUAUGAGAAAAACGAGCGCAAAUAACUUAUCGGGACUUUUUUUAAUAAAAUGCAUUACAACACGUAAAAUAUUAUUAGUCGCCAGAGCCACCGCUGCACGGUAUAAAUUUCGCCAAAAUAUUUGUACUACAUUGAGAUAGGAGUAAAUAUAUCCUAUUUACGGACAUCAAACGUACAGUUGUGAUGUGUGAUGAUCUGUCAUGUCUACGGGGUUAUUUAUAUACUUAGCCUCCUGAUUGGGAUAUUCUGCUCGUCAGUUCAUUAUCUUUUCCAUCUUAGAAAGCUAAGCAACAUUUUCUUUUUGUUCUCUUUAGUUUUUUCAGGUUGCGGGCAAAUUUAAACCCUUAAAUGGUCGUCACGCAUCUAAAAAGAAAAGGUCGUGUUCUGUCUUGUGUAGUACGUACGUGUAGCGCGAUUGUCUGCUCCCCGCUGCAUGUGUGUCUCUGGUGUGUUUGCUCCCAUUGCAGACUCUGACUUUCAAUAAAUGAUUUUAAUCCAAUAUUGAACAAAACAGCUAUUUGAAUUUAGAACAAGUCGAACGUCAGUUAGUCAUUAAAAGUGGAUUUUACUCUUGCAAAACUACUGGGACGUAUGCUACAUCAAUUGUUAAUCUUUUGAUGAUUGCUUGAUUGUGCUGUAGCUGCUAUUAUAAAAUUUUUAGGAGCUUAACUCCUAGAAAAAUAGUCAUUUAUAUUUUUAAAUUUAUUUUCAACAAUCAAAUACUUUCUUGUUGUAGUUAUUCUGUAUCAAGGUGUACCUUGGGGAGAUUGCCAAUUAUUAAAUUCGUAAGUAUCGAGUCUAGUCGUAUGGAAAGGUAUCUAAAUGAUCAUUAUAUAUCUAUGUUAGUACUUAGAAGAAUGUUUGUGUCUAAAUAGAAAUCUUUCAUAAGUUAUACCUACAAAAUUUAUAUGAAAAUAUUGUAGAAUUGUUUUUGAUAGAUAUUGUUGUUCCAUUAGUAAAAUACAAUUUAUAUCCAAUUAAUAUAAUAUAUUAAACUAAGCACAAAUUAUAACAUAAAUAAAAUGUUCAAAAUCCAGAUAUAAAUUAAUAGUAUACCUACAAGCCAUACAUAACACUUUUAAAUACCUGACCCCCUAAAUAUUAUACUAAUAUCAAACACAUGUGGUUUAUGUCUUAGAGCACCUAAGGCAUAAACCAUAUUAUAUAUAUAGCAAAUAGCAAACUUGAGGUGCAAGCACGCUUUAUUUAAUUACACAUUCAAACAUAAAACGCCAUUUACAAUUAAAAUCUACGAGUGAAAUCAUCUUGAUAUAAACGCAGUAACAAUAUAAACGCAGCCUUACAUUUGCUAGUAUCAUUAUUCAUUAAUAAUGUAUAAUAGAGAGAGAGAGAUAAUACAUCAGAAAUUGUGAACGGAACAAUAAACACAGUCAUAUAAGGUAAACUUUCGGUAAUUUACAUAAUUUAUUUAAUAAGUAUUCGUCAGGGGCAGAACUUUUUGCCACCAUACUUAAUUCUGCCAGUAAAUAGGGUCGCAAUAGUACUGGUGCCCGUAUUACGAGGCAAAUGAAAGAUUCCAUCUAAGUUGUCGUGGCAACGGACAGAUGUUACAGCUUAACAUAGAGCAUCAGAAUGUUGCGUAAGACUUAAACAAAUAUUCUUCUCUACUUUUAUAAGGACUAGAAAAGUCAGACAUGUCUCGUUUGAAAUUAAUAUAAUAUUUAGUACUUAAUAAUGUUCUAAAUCCUAAACAAUGUAAUACCAAUGUAUGUAGAAUUAUUAUCAAUAUAGUGUUAUUGUGUAAGAAACUCUAUAGAUCAGAAAUUCUUCAUACUGGCUUUUUUACUUUAAUAAAUUUUAAGUAAGAUAUUGCUUAAUUUUUACUUUAUUAUUACUGAAGAAUUUUAUUUUGAUAAAUUGAUGUGAAAUCUAGGUAGAUUUUAGUGAUUUUAACCGACUUCAAAAAAAGAGGAGCUUCUCAAUUCGUCGGUAUGUUUUUUCUUGUUUAAAGUAAUUGUCUUAAUUUAGAAUCAUCUGUUUGUUAAUGUAAUCCUAAUUAUAAUUCUGUUAUUAAACCUAUAUUUGGAGCACAGGUGCAACUGCACUGCUACGCUUGUCAUGUGUUUUUGUAUUUGUUCAGUCGUGCACUAGCAGUGCAGUGCUAGUUGACGUAUUCCGCUAAAUUUCACCACACUGCAACUGUAUGAAAUUUGUAAUAAAACUGCAACAAGUAGGUUUACUACUCUAGAAAGUAAUUAACAACUCAUAUAUGUUGGGAAAUUUUUAAUUUCCUUCUGAAACUAUACGUAUUAAAAUAAAUCUAAAUUAUGGUAAUUUCAUUGUGAUCAUACUUGUUCUCAAGACAUUUUUUAGGCUGAGACAAUAUUAAGUGUUAUCUUUUAUAUUUUUUUAUUUAAUUAAAGUUUGAUUAUAUUAUGUCUACUUUCAGUAAGGGCCUGCUACAUCAACCAAAACAUUUUGUAUUAUUGCCUAAAAUUGCAAUGUAUAAGUUACCUACACAAUACUGCAGUGAACCUGCACAAAUAGUGUUCAAUAGCUGCUGUCAUCAUAACUCAACUGUCAAAUUAAUUAUAAUACGAUUAUUUUGCAGCAACAGUGCAGUUUUGUAAGUGGAAUAGGUGUUCAUUUAUCGCAGCGGUCCAGCAAAACGACUGCAACAGGUCUGCUUAGUAGAAUACUGAUAUGUUAAAAUUAAAAAUUUGAUCCAAAGAUCAAACACCUUGAACGCAUAGCAGUACAGUUGCAGUUUAUUAGUAGAGUGUAGACUAGCCCUACUGUGUUUAAAAGUAAAGAUGUUAUUUUUAAUUAAAUAACUUUUGAGUUUAAUUUUCGGCUGCGAUAUUUAUUAAACACAUUUCUAAAAUGGCAAGUACAAAUUUAUACUUUGUGAAUUAUAAGACCGUUAUUAAAAGUACCUAUAAGUAAUAGAUAAAAUGUUAAAUUUUCUUCAUAAAGCACUAAAUAUAAUAUCAUACACAAAA